GUGAGAAUUCCUCCUUUCGCUGAAGCAUAACAAGAAGAAGACCUUCGUCAACUUUAUACUUAAAGCAGCUGCUCUUUCAUUUUAAACUUGUGACAAUAAUAGUGAAGAAUCAACGCUACAGAAUAUGGACGAAGGGAUAGACGAAGAACUUGAAAUGGCAUUCGAGCUCGGUUUUAUUAAAGGCUCUUUAAAACGACGCAAGCUCAUUAAACAGCUACAACGUGACGACUAUAAUAAAAGGGAGUAUUUUCUGUUUAAAACAUUAGCGAGCAAGUUGGGUAUAGAUUUACCAGAUCAACCGCCCGAAGAGACAACAGCCGAAGACGAGAUAGAUCAAUUUUAUAGCAAUCAAGUCACUCACGUUCAAAACUAUCUAUUAGAGUACAAGACUAACCACGUUGAAAAAAUAUUUUCAAUCGGAGACCAAGUUGAAAAAUUGUUAAUUAUUAUUUCUAAAUAUGAUGAAGUCUUCGGGAAAAACGAAAGCCUUUUGAACCAAAACGUGCAACGACUGCCAAAGCUUGUAAAGAAAUUAGAAAUAAUGGCAAAAUCUCUAGGCAUAGAUAUAAGUGAAGAGUUGAGCAAAGUCAAUGAUCAUGAGAAGUUAGACGAGGACGACAUAAAUAUACUAAAAUUACAAUUGAAGACGAAGCUGUGUAAACGCGCCAAUGAGCCGACUGAAAUGAACACAAAACGAAGCGAAGUAGACCCGACUAGAAUGAUCACCGAUGACUAUUGGGCUAUUUCCUUGGUUCGACUGCCUGGCGCAAGUCAUAGUCAACACGCUUUUCUCGUUCUUGAAGGAAUAACAGGUAACAAGUCAAUGAUAUGGCUCGUUGAAUUUGUCGCAAACCACGCAUUCGAUUUAUUCCGUCUUGGAAUAAAUGAAGGAAAACUGAGAUUGGAUUAUUACGAGUCAUCUACCAAGUCGUCGUCUCAAUGUCAUAAAAAAUUGAUUGAAAUUUGCAAAGGCGGUCGUUGGCUACAUGAAACAUGGUACAUAACCAAAGGCACUGCUCAGAAGCUAAUACAGUGCAUUGAUGAGUGGCGAAUGAGACCUCCUGAAUUUAACCCUUUUACGUUAGCGAGAAUGAUGGUUCACGAUUUAAACGACGAAAACAUUGAGAUACCAGAACUAGAAGACACAUUAGAAGAAUGGAUAUUCUCAAUACAGUACAACAAUAAAUGGUGGAAGUUGUCGCGGUUUUCUCUGAUGUUUACAUUUGUAGCUGGUUCAGUUAUUGCUUACUCAUUCUUAAAGCUUUGGUAAGCAACAAAAUAUUUUACCAGUGUGUUAAUAUAUUAUGUCAAAGGCUUAGAGACCAUGCCUCCUUAGUCUUUCCUUCCACAAGCGAACAACCCUGGAACAUUAAAGGACUUGCUGUAAUAUAAGUAUACUGAGUAUUGUGUGUGUGCGGAAGAAGUUAAUAUACAAAAUGUGUAACCUUUCAAUUCAUGGUAUAUUCACUUGCAAUUUCUUGUCGUAAUAUAACAUUUGUUAAAAUUUAAAAAGUUCUUUCAAGACAAAUAUAUACCGCAAACUUUGUACUUCGUUAGUUCUAAACUGAAAUGUAUCAACCAAAAUGUUUAAAUCUAUACUUUAUAGUGUCGCCCCAUGUGAGGCAAUCCAGGAGGUAUUUGGAUUCCAAAUCCUACUCCUUGGAUUCCAGAUUCCACAUCUUGGAUUCCAGAUCCCGAAACUAUAGUGGAUUCCGGAUUCCAAUUUCAGGGCCUUAGCUAGCAUGUAUAGUUGGGGGAGGGGGGGGAGGUGUAGGCCAAAAAUUUCCGUAGCGACGAAAACAUUUUCCGAAUAUUUUAUGGCAUGCGAAGCCACGAAUGUGUUUGCUAUCCGGAAAAUGAAGACGCUAUUUACAAACAAAAAUAUGCAUGUUUUACGCAUAGAUGUAUUACAGAGCUUGCAAUGUCGUAGGGAGUUCUUUUUUAUUGGGGGGCAGAGAACGAAGGCCCGAGGAAAUGUUUAAAUUUAGAGUCUCUGAAAUGCCAUUUCCUGGACUUUGGGGAAGUUUUGACAGAAUUCUGAUGGUCAGAAAAUAGUGUUUUAGUUCCGGUCGAAAUUUACAAUUUGCUUACAAUAGACCUUUCCGCUAAUUACGUCACGACUAACACUGUUUUCAACUUACGACCACUUUUAAUGAAAUAGAUUUUAAAUUUGUUUCUUACGGGCUAUGGUCAGAAGAGCAGAACAUCCUUUGUCAACACAUGCAUAAAAAGAAUUUUUGAUUUUGACCAAUAAAU